UUCUUAGUUUUUGUUUAAAAUAAAAAGUAAACAUUACAGCAUUACAAUGAAAUUAUGUGAAAAAGUCAAUUCAUCUAUGAAAAAUGAAAAAGUUUCUUUAGUAAGUGGUGAACAAAUAUUGAAAGAUAUGUUAUCUACUAAAAAUGAUGCAAAAAUGGUUUUAGUCAAUCUUAAAAUGUUUUUCAAGCCAUUAUUUGAUAUGGAUAAGAAUUUAAAAACUGCAAUGUAUAAUGAUUUUGGAUUUAAGUUCCUAAGGCUUGUAAUUGAUGCAAUAGAAAAAUUUGACGACUAUCAAGUUGAAGAGUUUUGUCAGUCUUGUGGAAUAGUACUGGCUGGACUUCACAUAUGUUUUACCUCAGAAGACAGUAUUACAUCUAAAAAUAAUGAAAAGAUUUUAAAGCUUUUAUUCCAUAUUUUAAAACAGGUUUAUAAGAGAUCAUCUUAUUCUUGUGCUUUGUUGAUAUCAAGAUGUAUGCUGAAACAGCUCCUUUUUUUUAAGUCUUGUGCAAUAAACGAUGAUAUUAAAAAGUUCCUAUAUACUUCACAUCAAAUGUGUUAUUCACUUUAUUUUAAAAAUUUUAAAGAAGGAAAGUUAGAUAGUAAAUUGUUUAAACUUCGCGCAUAUAGUUUGCUUAUACUUUCAUACAGCAAUUGGGUUGAAUAUAAAUUUGUUGAAUUUUCAAAAGAUUUUUUAUCGCAAUGGAUGAAUGUUCUGUACCAUAAGUUCAUUGAAAUUGAGUUUGUUUUACGAGCGCUUAAAAAAUUUUUGUAUAACACAUGUGUAUUAUUCGAAAAUGUUAAUGACAAGCUUGAAAAAAAAUCAAUAAUUGAUCUAAUCUGGAAAAUAUAUACUUUUACUGUACGAAUUGUAAUAAACAAUCAAAUAAAUGUGUCUAUUGUAGAGUUUAUAUCAAAUUCUGUGCAAAUCUUAGAAUCUGAAUUAAUGGAAUAUGUUGAUAUUACAGAAAAAUUUUGUUUAAUAUCUAGAAGUUCAUCAAAAACUUGCUGUUCAUUAAAUUUUUUACAAGAAUGUCAAACAUUUGUUUUGAUGUUUCAGAAAACACUUGAAAAUUUGAAGUGCACUGAAUGGUUGUUAGAUAUUAUAUCGGUUUUGAAUUCAUAUGUUAAAUAUAGUUUAUGUGUAGAGCGUUUACUAUUGCUUAUGGAUAUUUUAGCUUUGUUUCUUUCAUCAUCUCAUUUUACUAUUCCCUACAAUGAUCCUGCAAAAGUUUUUAUCUUAUCAUUGUCUUUAAUACUUCAACAAGUUGUUAAAUUCUUGAUUCCACCAACAUCAUCUGCAUCAGGUGAAGAAAAUGUUUGUGCUUUUAAAGAAGAUAUGAAUGUUCGGAAUGAGUUAGAAAAUAAACUUGAUUCUUUGGUUUCACUUAUGGUUACCAAGUUAAAUGUGUAUCCACUUAGCAAGGAUGAGCGCACCUGGAUUAGUAAUAUUGCUCACAGGUUGUCUACUUAUCUAUAUGGAAUUAACAAAUUUAAAAAUGCUUUAACAUUGGUACAUUUUUCUGUGAUUUUAUUUCAAGAUGAAGAUGAGGAAAAUUUGUUAUCGUGCUUAAAUGAGUGUUACAGCAAGGUGAACAAUUUGAUUGGAUGCUAUAAUAAGUUAAACUUAUUUUCAGAAUCCUAUAAGUAUAGCUUAAAACUGUUAAAUUUGCUUUUAAAAGUAAAAAACAUUGAAGAAAAACUGGAGCUAAUACAGGUUCAAGUUGAAAAUAAUGUUAAAAUCAAAACUUUGUUGCUUCAACAAAAUGAAUGCUCAUCUAAAAUUCAAAUGUGCUUGUAUGAAGAGUUAUGUGGAAGUCAUGAGCAAAAAGACUUUUGGAUUGAAGUUUUUCCAAUGGAAUUUAAAGCAUUAAGAAGAUUUGGAUCAAAAUUUGAUAUUGGUAUGGUAUUAAAAAAACUGAUCAAUCUCCAGCUCAAUUUUUAUGAAGAGCAUGGUGACAUGUUGAAGUAUUCACAGUUUCUGAUAGAAUUGUCAACUUUACCAGAAAACACAAGAGAAGAAAGAUAUAAUUGGUGCAAAGAAGCUUUGGGAAUAUUGGAAGUUAUGGAUAAUGAAGUUAAUUGUUCAGAUAAUGUUAUCGAUUGGCAUGUUAAGGAAAUAUUGGCUUAUGCUUAUUUUCAAUCAAGUAUAGUUCAGUAUGAACAGAAAAUUUUGGAAUGUAAUACUUCAAAUAUAGAAACUGUUUACCAAGAAGAAAAGGAGCUUGAUGAAGAUUUAAUUGAAAGAAAUUUUGUUGCUGCAUUGAAUACAUCAGUUGAUAUAUUAUCAGAGAUUCUCAAUGAACAACUUUCCAGAAGUGAUGAAGUUAUGUUUUUACAUGCUGAUCAGGCAGCACAGUGUUUAUUUCAAGCAUCUAUUUUGUAUUCGCUCUUAUGCCAGAAUUUCAAUGCAAUCAAGGCAGCUUUUUUUUCUGGUUUACUUUAUGAACACCUAAUUGCAUGCAACAAAAGUGUUGGAGAAAAUUUUAAAAAAUUGCGAGCUAAGUCCUGGUCGUAUGUUGUACUGCAUUUGUUAAAUGUUAAUGAAGUAUGUCUAGCUGAGUUGCUUCUUAAGAAAAUUAGUUCAGAAGAACUUACAAAUGUAAAAAUAGCAGAAGCAGCUAUCAUGAUAAGGAAUGGAAAGGUUGAUUCUAGCAUUGAAAUACUAAAUCAAGUAAUUGACAAGCAUAAGCUAAGUACAUCACCUACAUCUCUUUUGUUAAAAGCAGAAGCUUAUUUCAUGAUAUCUUGUGUAAAGCUUUCAAGUCAUAAAAAUGAAGUUUUAUGUAAUUCAGAAGUGCAUGUUCCGGUGCAAUCUCCAUUUCCACCUUUAAAAGAUUGUUUAAAAUAUUUAAGGAGUGUGUACUUAGCAUCUAUUGAAAAUGCAUCAGAUUUCUCAUUUGUUUGGGAAGUAUUAGAUAAAUUAAUUACAUGUUUGCUCCAUAAUGCAGAGUUAUUUAAACAGCAAGGCUACAUCCCACAAGCAAAAGCACUUCUCAAAGAGGCAUUGCUUUUGUCAAAAAAGUUUCAUCUUUCAAUGAGAACUAUUAACAUAAUUCAACAAAAAGCUUCACUGGAUUUAAUUCUUCAAAAUAAGGUUUCUUUUGAAAAAAACUUCAACACCAUAAAAACAUUUUUUAAAUCUUCAAUACAAGAUUGCUUUAAUGGAUUGGAUCUCUAUCUUCCAGAUUUUGUGAACCACGAUGUUGACUGUUCCUGCGCUAAUUGUGCAUACCCCAUGCUGCAAGAGAUAUGUAUUCGAUUAUUUUUGCAGUACAUGGAGAGUCAAAAACAAUGGGAAAAAAGUGAUACUCAUUGUGAGUUUUCAAAAAUCAUUGAGCAAGUCAUCAAUAAUGCAUGUUUCCGUUUUAGUAAUAAACUCGCAAGCAUUAAAGAUAUAAUGUCAUAUUCAAUUAAUCUUUCUAUUACUAAUAAAACAAAACAAAACAAACUAAAAAGUAACAGCACAGAACUUUUUUCGAAGUAUUUUGCAGAAGCUAAAAUAAUCCAGCCAAUUGUAGAAGUUAAAAGUAAUCUUGCUGACACCGUUGAAAAGUUGAUAAAGCAAGUACAAAGCUGUUCAUUAGAAAAAAUUCAGCAUGAAUAUUGCAGAAUUAUUGCUCAGUUGUAUUGUUUGAGAAACCUAUUGUUAAUUAAUGAAAGUUUGAUUUCUAGUACAUGGAAAAUUCCAGCUAAAAUAAAUAAUAAAGUAUAUUCGUCUCAAUACUGUAAUGGUGAGAUAGAAUGUAUUUCUAAACAGACUCUAAGCAAAACUAAAACAAGGGCGUCACAAAAAAAUAUUGAUUACAAAACUGAUGCUUCUCUAAAUACUGUCUGUGAAGAUGAGGUUGCGGAGAAAAAACUUACUCGCAAAUUGCGCUCCUCUAGAAAAUGCAUAUCUGAUAAAAAAAUGAAACAUGAAAACAAUUUACCAGCAAUUAAGAGCUUUGAUAUAAGUUUAUUUCUGAAUGAUAUGGAGAAAUCACUUCAAAUAUUAAAUCCUUACACAGACACCUUACUAAUUAAAUCAAUCUAUCAACUUAUAUCUAUUAUUUCAGGAAUGCAAGCAAAAAAGCUAACUUUAGAAUGUGAAUUACUUCACCAAUCUCGUACAUUGCACCAGCAGGUACUAAACUGUAUUUCAACUAAAGACAGAAGGAGAAAAAGAGUUAAUAAAAAGCAUGAAAAUCAAUCUUAUUCCACUACAUGUUCCUUGAUAGAGAAGUAUAGCGCACCAGACUUUGUGUUCAGAGAAGAGAAUCUUCAAACGCUAGUUGAUGAAUAUAUUCCAGCUGAUUGGAUUGUUGCUAAUCUUUCUUUAUCAAUAUCCAAAGCCCAAUCAUUUUUGAUUAUCAGCAGAGUAGCUGCGUUUAAGUCUCCUGCAAUCGUCAAAAUUAAUAUAUCAUCAUCCAAUCAAGAGAAAGAAACUGAGAGAGAUUUAAUCUGCGAUUUAGCUGCAGCAUUUGAUGAGGACUUGUUCGAGAGCUUCGAUUCUAUAUUAUCCAAUAGUAAGGAAAGUAUGAAUAUUAAAAACAAAAGUCAAUGGUGGAAUGAGCGAUUACGGCUAGACAAGCAAAUGAAAAAUCUUGUGAAACGAAUAGAAGAAGAUUGGUUAGGUGGAUGGAAAGGAAUGAUAUUAGGUAAUUUUCAAGAUAGCAAACUCAAUGAAGAAAUCGAUUUGUUGACAGAUAGUAUAAUGAUAAAUUUCAAAAAAGAUAUUGGGGUGGAAGUUGAUCGAGAUCUUUUAAAGAUUUUAGUUGAUGGUUAUACAACUUGCUCCAAAGCAAAAAUUAAAGAAGCGUUAGUCUACUUGUUACAGGAAAAUUCUGAUCAUGGCAUGGAGAUAAUGACAACAAUAAUUGAGAAAAAAAGAAAGGAUGACAAAAAUAGAUUAUCAUCAGAAGAUUUUAAAAUGCGGAACUUGGUUGUUCUAGUUCUUGAUAAGGAUCUUCAACGGUUGCCUUGGGAGAGCAUACCUAUGCUUCGUAAUCAGCCUGUAGUUAGAAUGCCAUCAUUACUGUUUACAGCAAUUCAUUGCAUGAAUAAUUCUGUUUUACUAAAAGGUGGAUUACCGUGCAAUAAUAUAUACUAUAUUGUUAACCCAAGUAAUGAUCUAAAGAAUACAGAAAUUAAGUUUUCAGAAUGGUUUAAAAGUGAAGGAUGGAAUGGUAUUGUUGGGAAGAUUCCAACUAAAGAUCAGUUUAAGUCAGCAUUAGAAGAUAAUGAUUUAUUUAUAUAUUGUGGUCAUGGAAGUGGCCAAGAAUAUCUUGGAUGGGAUGAUAUCCAGCAGUUAGAUUGUCGUGCAGUUUCACUUCUUAUGGGAUGCAGUAGUGGCAAACUUCAGGUGCAUGGUUAUCUUGAAGCUUAUGGGAUGGUACUCUAUUAUUUAUUAGCUGGAUGUCCUGCAGUAGUCGCUAACUUGUGGGAAGUAACAGAUAAAGAUAUUGAUUUAUUUUUGGAACAGCUUUUGAAAGAAUGGGUGACAGAGAGUUCUGGAGAAUCAUUAGCAUCCUGUGUUAGCCAAUCUAGAAGUUCCUGUAAUCUAGAAUAUCUAAUAGGUGCCGCGCCUGUUAUAUACGGACUUCCAUUUAGGGUCCAGUCAAGAUAGAGUUUUUUCAAUCACCAAAGUAGAUUUUUGUUAAUAUACACCAAUGUAAUUAUUAAUCUUAUAGAAAUGUUUUGUUUUAUUA